CGCUGUAACAACCGUCUAUAUUGUGCAGCGAAGAAGUAGUGUGAUCACAACAAUAACAGUGCUAGCAGCAAGGGAAUGUGACGCGCUCAGACUUAAUCCAGCUGUAAAUCAUACCGACUGACAGCUGCUCUUUGCAAGUAACGCGAUACACAUUAUUGUGCAGCUUUACGAAUUCAGAUGCAGUGUAGCUUCUCGGCGCGGCUCUACGCUUCUCUAUCGACGCGCGGGUGAUCGGUUAGCCUGUUCGAACUCUUUCGUACUCGCCUUUUUUUGUUUAAUGUGUCUGGUUUCCGUUCCCGAGCGCAAACAUGGAGAGCCUGUACAAGCGCAAAAUGUUCGCUUCGAUGCGCAAAACCAAGACGGGCCUGUCCAAGAAGAGGCAGAUCGGUCUGCCGGCCUCCAUCCUGGACGACAGUGACGAGGGCUCCUUCUCCUCGUCCUCGUCGUCCGGAUCCCAGUCCGACUUCCAUAGCUCCCCGGAGGAGGACAGCGACCAGGAGGAGUGGCAAAGGAGUGACUCCGGAGCCACAUCCAGCGACGCCAGCCGCUCCGUGACCCGCCGAAAGCGCUCUUUCCUGGGAGGCGACGACGAAACCUCCUCGUCUUCGAGCACUGCGAAGGAGCGGGACGAUGACGAUGAAGACGACGACGAUGACGAUGACGACGACGACGACGGUGACGGGGGAAAGAAGGAGCUUACGAGUCAGCCGAAGAGAAUGGUGCAGCCCAGGAAGAGGUGCAGGGUUCAGCGACAGGAUGAUUCGGAUUCGGACCGUGCAGACGAGAAGCGGAGAGAGGAGGAGGAGAAGGCGAAGAGGAGACAGAGACACAACAAGCUGCUGGCACUGUCGCGCAGGAUGAAGGCCCGCGUUCCGAGCCGGAGGAGGAGGAGGAGCCGCGUCAAACAGGUAUCGCACCUGUGGAACGUCUUUACGCGCGUUGACAUUUGCGCUGCCAACACGAGGACGAAUCAAAAGAAGCGGACGAUGGGGCUCAUGGGGAUAAAGAUGGAGGAAAUAAUGGCGAGGCCCAGGCUUCAGGUGGAGAUGGAGAAGAGAAGGGAGGAGACGAGGAGGAGAAAGAGGAGCAGAAGGAGGAGAAAGAGCAAGAAGAAGAGGCGGUGAAGGAAUAGCUUCACCCGUGCAGCAAUG